CACACACAAAUCUACAAUUCACAUUACAUUGGCAUUUCGGGUUCCGCUCUCUGUCUCUUUUGCCCUCACAGGGUUUGUACCUUUAUAUCCAGAAAAUUUAUCACUGUUUCUUUGAAUUUGCUGCAUUUCCCGGCACGAAUUCGUUGCUAUAAGGUUCAUUUCAAUUUGUAUAGGAAGGGAGUUUAGCUCCAUGAGAUGAUAUGAUUUCUGUGAUGACCAAUAGAUUUGAAGAAAAUCGGAGUAACGAAUCAGUAAGAGACACGAAAGUUAGGGUUUCCGCAACUUCCAUUAGCAACGCCGCCGUCGCCGCGGCAGAUGAUUUUGAAGCAAAGAGGGUUUCUAUGGAGGUAGAAGAUUCUAGGGUUUUAAAUGAGGAAAGUAAGGUUAGUGAAACUAGGGUUAAGGAUGUAAAGGAGGAAGGAGAAGGUGGGAGUUCCGCGAAGUCCGGGAGGGUUAAGUCGGAACAGAAAGGGAAGACGGCAUUGGUUUCGAGUAAAAAAGCUGAUGCAAGGAAGGGGAAAUCGGAGGCGAUUGUUUCGGAGUAUGACUUGAUGCUAUCUAAGUUCGACGACUUUGCGGGGAGUGGAAAAUGCUGGUCUGUUGGGUAUGGAUUUGAAAUGGGGGAUAUGGUGUGGGGGAAAGUGAAGUCGCAUCCUUGGUGGCCAGGUCAUAUUUACAAUGAGGCAUUUGCGACUCCUUCAGUGAGGAGGAGUAAAAGGGAGGAUUGCAUUUUGGUUGCUUUUUAUGGUGAUAGUAGUUAUGGUUGGUUUGAUCCAGAUGAUCUUGUACAUUUUGAACCAACUUUUGCUGAAAAGUCUUUGCAAACUCAUGUGAAGAACUUUAUAAAGGCAGUUGAGGAAGGGGUCGAUGAAGUGGGCCGUAGGAGUGCUUUAGGUUUAGUUUGUCAUUGUAGGAAGAAAUACAGACUGCGUGCUGUGUCGGUUAAUGGUUUUUUUGCUGUAGAUUUUAGUGAUCUUGAGAGGAAUUGUACUUACUCUGCAAGUCAGAUUAAGAAGGCUAGGGAAAGAUUUCAACCGAAAGAGACAUUAGAUUUUGUGAAGAAGUUGGCAUUGAAGCCUAGGAGUAAAGUGCGUCAGGAUCUUGACUUUGUUAAAAAGAAGGCAACCACGCUGGCUUUUAGGAAGGCAGCGUUUGAGGAAGAUGAUCCUACCUAUGCAGAAGCUUUUGGUAUUGUUCCUUCUAAACAACCAGAAGAAGUGGCUCAGCCAUUUAGAAAGCCUUCUUCAAGAGCUCCUUUGAGCGGUAGAUUGGUGGAAGCAGAAACUCUGGGCAAGGGAAAGGUUUCUGCAAAAUCUACUAAAACAAAGGACCAAGUUGAGAAAGACAGGUAUCUGCUUAAACGCAGAGAUGAGCCUGUUAACCUGAAACUCCACCAAGUUGGUCCAGCUCAAGCAGGCUCAUCUGACCAGUCCGUUCAUCUAGACAGUUCCUCCUUAACAGGAAAAGAUGCGUCUCCUAGUCCUGCAGAUCACCUGCCUAAUGCGCCUGGCUCCACCUUGAUUGAGAGCUUUAAGAAGCCAUCAGGUCAGGUAGCUGAAGAUGAUGUUGUGAGGCCUUCAGACAAGGUCAAGGUUCGUAAACGUUCUGGUGGAGAAGCGAGUGAUGGAAGUAGUCUGUCAACAGAGAGGAAGAAAAAGAAGAAGAAGGUGGCAUUGGGCUUGAAUACCGACUCUAAUCAUGUGGAUGGACAAGCGGCUGUUUCUUCAGAUAACCCAGUAAUGGAAAAAGUUGCAGGAGAGUCCAUCCAAGUUUCUUCAGCUUCCAGGGAAGAAUUUCGAAUGCAUACUCAGCAAAAGGAUGAUCCCGCAGACAGUUCUGUGCCUGACCGUGUGGUAAAAGAAGAUAAUGUUGUGAUUAGAAGCAACAAUAUUGAGCUUCCUCAAGUACUAAGUGAUUUACAUACAAUUGCUCUUGGUCCCUUCUAUGGUGCCACCAGCAGUAAUAUAAAUACUAUACGAGAACUUUUUCUGAAAUUCCGGUCCCUUGUCUAUCAAAAAAGCUUGGCCUUGUCUGCUGCUGGUGAGAAUGAGUCAAGUACGCCCGUCAGCAAGUCACCUGUUGCUGCCCUUACAUCAGAAAUUGGCCCCAGCAAUAAUGUGAAACAGACAUCAAAUCUGAAGCCAAAGAAGAAUCAUGCCAGGCCUGAUGAUCCUACUACCAAAGAACGUAAGCGAGGUCCUUCAGAUAGGCAAGAGGAAAUGGCUGCCAAGAAGAAGAAGAAGAUCAAUGAUAUGAGAGCAAUGGCAGCACAGAAGAAGGUUUCCGGGAAGACUUCAGAAGUUCAACCAGGUGAAAGCAAGGAAAUAACUGCAAAGAGACUGAUUUCAACACCUGUGAAAUCAUCUAAGCCAGAUAGUGCCAAGAAGGAGCCGGCGGAAAAGGUACCUGAGCCAACCAUGCUUGUUAUGAAGUUUCCACCUAAUGGAUCUCUUCCCUCCAUUCCUGAGCUGAAGGCCAAAUUUGCCCGUUUUGGGGCUCUGGAUCAUUCAGCUACUCGGGUCUUCUGGAAGUCAUCGACCUGCCGUUUAGUCUACCAAAACCGGGAUCAUGCAGUGCAGGCCUUUAGGUUUGCCUCUAAUAACACAAAUUUGUUUGGGAACACCAAUGUGAGAUGCCAUAUUCGAGAAGUGGCAGCUGAAGCACCAGACACCGAAACUACCAAAGUGUCAAGGGAAGAUGCAAGUGCCGGGAUUUCUGCACCAAAAGUUGGUGCAGCUGAUUCGAGGUCCUCGUUGAAGCCUGGGCAGCUGAAAUCCAUACUAAAGAAACCCCCAGGUGAGGAAGGGCUGACGACAGAUGGUGGUAAUGGUAGUAAUAGGGGAACCCCACGUGUAAAAUUUAUGUUGGGUGCAGAAGAUAAUAAUAGAGAUAGAGGUGAGCAGGUGAAUGAUAUUAAGAACGUCAACAACACUAGUAGUAUUGUUGAUGGAAGUGCAUCUUCUAGUUCUAAUAUCAACAAUUAUACAAAUCAGUCGUCCAUGCUCCCUCUUCCUACUACUGCUCAAUAUCCCAAUGCACCACCAAAUGAUAUGCACUUUACUCAAGAAGUAGCUCCUAGAAAUGUGCCCGAUUAUAACAAUCAAGUGUCUCAUCCUGGAGCUGACUUUUCACAAUACAUGCUAGGCCUCCUCAAUAAGUGCAGCGACAUUGUGGCUGAUAUGAGGGGCUUAUAUGGCCGUUUCCCUCAUGGUGCCCUUUAAUUGUUGGCUCAGCAUUUUUUGAAGGCUUUUGGGCUAAGCCACAAACUCAUCGGCACAAUGUGACGUCUAGUCUCCGAAGAGCAAUUUGUAUGCAAAAGGAGCUGUCAUGGAUGGACAUUGGAGUUGCCUAAAAAUCUCUCGAAUUGUAUACCUUGACUUGUAUCAGAAGAAUGAUGAUAGUGAUUGUGCUUUCUUGCU